AUGAGGCAGUGGAGCUAUGCAAUAUACAAUUUGGAGCGAUCCCCGGCCGCCGGCGGGCGGCAUUGUGCACGGCAUUCUUUGACAUUACUCAUUUCUUUCAGUGUACACUGUCAGUGUUACUGCGGCUUUCAUAUGCUGCGGCUCUCAUAUGCUGCGGUCAUAUUUCUGAGAUACCUUAAGUACGGCAGUGAGCACGCGGCUCUCUAUUUCAGCGCCCCAUCACCCAUCAUAUCUUGCCCCGCCCCACUUGCCAUAUCAUCUACUCAUUCGAAAAGUAGUCGACUGCUGAACAUGGAUGUAUUCCUCCUAUAUUCUCAUGUGAUCCUGCCACUCGGCAUCUGUUAUAUCGUUGUUUACCUUGUGCGCAGUACCCUCAAGCUAUAUCACAUCCCAACGGUAGGACGGCCGUUUGUCCCUCUAUUGUCCUCUUUCUCCGUUCUUGGAUCUCGUCGAGAUCACAAGGAUAUCAUUCGGGAGGGUUGCAGAAAGUACAAAAAUGGGAUCUUCAAGUUUGCUGAGCGUCACCAGUGGCAUAUCGUCGUCUCGGAUCCAAGGCUCAUCGCCGAAAUCAUUAGAGCACCAGAGAACGUCCUCUCCUUCAAUGAAGCAACCGCACAGAGUUUACAGACGAAGUACACCAUCGGGCGCGAGGUCUUUGAAAACGGUUACCACAAAUCCGUUGUCCGCUCCCCGCUUACUCGCAACUUGGGUGUCCUCUUCCCUGACAUGCACGACGAACUGGUUGCCGCGUUCGCUGAUGAAAUCCCUGCUCGUGAUAAAUGGACAAAAGUCUUCUUGAUACAAGCUAUCAUGCAGAUAGUGUGCAGAACUAGUAACAGAGUCUUUGUCGGGUUACCGCUCGGUAGAGAUCCGGCAUACCUGGCGCUCAACAAGCGUUUCACAAUCGAGGUCUUCCAGAUAGCGUCGUUCAUCAACAAAUUCCCCUCGAUCCUUAGACCGUUUGUGGGGAUGUUCACCAGUAAUGUUCAGAGGAGCACUGCUGAAGCAUUUGAGCAUCUGGGCGGUGUCAUCGCUGAACGUCUGACGGAAAGAGAGAAUGGAAGCUGGCCGGAUAAGCAUAACGAUCUCAUGCAAUGGCUCAUAGAUGCAGCCCCCGGAGAGAAGCACCGUACUCCCCGUGCUCUGGUAGCGCGAAUUCUCACGAUUAACAUGGCCGCCAUCCAUACAACUACAAUGACUUCUAGCCAGGCAUUAUGUUAUCUCGCUGCCUAUCCUGAGUAUAUCCAGCCUCUGCGAGAAGAGGUUGAGGCUGUUGUGCGUGAUAAUGGGUGGACAAAAGAGGCCAUGGACAAGUUGUACAAGGUCGAUAGUUUCAUCAAGGAGACACAGCGGGUCAAGGGAAUGUCUUCCGCGUCUAUGAUGCGCAAAGCCGUCCAGAAUUUUACGUUCUCCGAUGGGACGUUCAUUCCGAAGGGUACAAUUGUCUCGGUGGCGAUGGAGGGCAUUUAUAAAGACGACGACAUCUACCCUGACGCUCAGACGUUCCGACCUUUCCGUUUUGCCGACAUGCACGACCCCGACAAUGGUACAGGCGAGCAACUGAGCAUGGUGAAUACGGGCAUUAACUGGCUUCCGUUCGGGCACGGGAAGCAUGCUUGCCCUGGAAGAUUCUUUGCCUCAUAUGAGGUCAAGGCAAUGUUCGCACAUCUUGUGAUGAAUUAUGAUAUGAAGAUGGAGAAAGAAGGAGAGUUGGCACAGGAUGAAAGGUCCGCUCAGAUAUUGUUCCGCAAGCGGCAGAGAUAA